AUGGCUCAGCAUCCUCUUCAGAAAGCCGACUCGCCCGGGCGUGGCUUCUCCCUGCUCUGGCAUCUCGUCGGCCUCGCCUCCUUCGCAUCCAGCUACCGGUUCCUGCUUGGUUGGAAGACGCCCAUGAGCGAGGCCUACGGCUGGCACCUCCAAUUCCUCACCAUCAUCGCCCUGACGCUCUCCUUUGUCACCUUUGUCGUCGCGGCCGUCGCCGACGUCACGCGCAGUGCGACCCUCUUUGGCGUCAAGAACUCACUGUCCGUCGUGGCCACGCCGCUCAACGUCGUCGUCACGACGCUCUACUUUGGCAUCUCGGCCAUUGACCCGAAGCUCGUCGUCCCGCCCGAGUUUCGGCUGCCAUUGGCCGUCGACCUCGGCUUCCACUUCGCCCCGAGCCUGCUGCUUGUCUUUGACCACCUGGUGCUCAGCCCGCCAUGGACGGUCGGUGCGCCGCUGGUCAUGGGCCUCAGCACCAGCAUCGCUUUUGGCUACUGGUACUGGAUUGAGCUUUGCUACAGCAAGAAUGGCUGGUACACCUAUCCCAUCUUUGGCCUGCUCAACACCCCGCAACGUGUUCUGCUCUUUACCUUUUCCGCCGUUCUGGUCACUGUGGCGUCAUCAUCUCUCAAGGUUGUGUACACUAAGCUUAAUGGCCCGGCUGUCGCGGCAGCCAAAAAGACGAAUUAG